AUAGCUUCAGGAAUGAAACGCGGACCUCCAAUAAACAAACAAUGGCCAUUACCAAACUCUUCAUUUUCUCACACCAAUCAAAACAUCUCAUUUCUCCUCUCUCUCUAUCUUCUUAGCUUUACUACCUUCUUCUUUUUUUCCUUCCAAGAUCCUCCCAUGGAGGAACGAAUGAGAACAACAUUGAUUCCAAGACGAAGACAUAUCUGAAAAAGUAAACACACAAAACCAAAACAAAACAGACAAAAAGAGUUAGCCAAAAAUGUCGGUAGCACACGCAGAUGACGCCGACGAUUACAGCCGACCAACGGGAGAAACCUACCACGCGGAGAAAGCGUUACCAAGCGGAGACUUCUACACGGGCCAAUGGAGAGACAGCCUCCCUCACGGACACGGCAAAUACCUCUGGACUGACGGUUGUAUGUACGUCGGAGAAUGGCACCGCGGCAAAACCAUGGGGAAAGGCCGUUUCAGCUGGCCUAGCGGCGCGACCUACGAGGGCGAUUUCAAGAACGGCUACAUGGACGGCAAAGGCACUUACAUCGACUCGUCAGGAGAUUUGUACAGAGGAUCGUGGGUGAUGAACCUACGACACGGCCAAGGCACGAAAAGCUAUGUCAACGGAGACUGCUACGACGGCGAGUGGAGGAGAGGCUUGCAAGACGGGCACGGAAGGUACCAGUGGAAGAACGAGAAUCAUUAUAUCGGCCAGUGGAAGAACGGGAUGAUGAACGGUAACGGGACGAUGAUAUGGAGCAACGGGAACCGUUACGACGGGUCUUGGGAAGACUCUGCUCCGAAAGGAAACGGUACGUUCCGCUGGUCGGACGGGAGUUUCUACGUCGGGGUUUGGAGUAAAGAUCCUGAAGAACAGAACGGGACUUAUUACCCGACCACGUCUACAGGGAACUUCGAGUGGCAACCGCAGCAAGUGUUCUGCGUUGAUUUGAGCGAGUGUGUGGUUUGUACUUGUCAGAGAAUCCCGGUUUUGCCGUCUCAGAAGAUGCCGGUUUGGUACGGUUCGUCCGAGCAGAGUAGUAGUGGGAACCGGACUAAGAGUAGUGUCAGCAGCGAGAGGCCGAGGAGGAGAUCUGUUGACGGGAGGGUUAGUAAUGGUGAGAUGGAGUUGAGGAACAAUGGUUCUGGUUAUCUUCAGGUUGAUGAUACGGAGAGUAAUAGAUCAUCACCGUUAAGGCCUUUGAGAAUACAGCCUGCUAAGAAACAAGGACAAACUAUCUCUAAAGGACAUAAGAACUAUGACCUCAUGCUUAACUUGCAGCUUGGGAUUAGACAUUCUGUUGGAAGACCAGCUCCGGCUACUUCUCUUGAUUUGAAGGCUUCGGCGUUUGAUCCAAAGGAAAAACUUUGGACUAAGUUUCCAUCUGAGGGAUCUAAGUACACUCCUCCACACCAGUCUGUUGAGUUCAAAUGGAAGGACUAUUGUCCUGUGGUUUUCAGGACUCUGCGCAAACUGUUCAAUGUGGAUGCGGCAGAUUAUAUGUUAUCGAUAUGUGGCAAUGAUGCUCUUAGGGAGCUAUCAUCUCCAGGGAAAAGUGGAAGUUUUUUCUACUUGACUAACGAUGACGGCUACAUGAUCAAGACAAUGAAGAAGGCAGAAACAAAGGUUCUUAUAAGGAUGCUUCCAGCUUACUACAAUCAUGUAAGGGCAUGUGAAAACACUCUAGUUACCAAGUUCUUUGGUCUUCACUGCGUGAAAUUGACUGGCACUGCACAGAAGAAGGUUAGGUUUGUGAUAAUGGGGAAUCUGUUCUGUACUGGUCACUCCAUACAUAGGCGGUUCGACCUCAAAGGAUCAUCUCAUGGCCGUCUUACCACUAAACCAGAGUCUGAAAUAGAUCCAAACACAACGCUUAAAGAUCUUGAUCUAAAUUUCAUAUUCCGUUUGCAGAAGAACUGGUUUCAAGAAUUCUGCAGGCAAGUGGACAAAGACUGUGAGUUCCUUGAACAAGAGAGGAUCAUGGACUAUAGUCUCUUGGUUGGUCUUCACUUUCGGGAAGCAUCCAAGGACUCUGCCACUCCUACUUCCGGUGCUAGAACCCCUACCGGAAACCCUGAUAGUGGAAACCCUCGUCUCUCCCGAGCAGACAUGGACCGAUUUCUUCUUGAUGCCAGCAAGUUAGCAUCAAUAAAACUGGGUAUAAACAUGCCUGCAAGAGUUGAAAGGACAAUGAGAAGAAGUGACUGUGAGAAUCAGCUUGUUGGGGAACCAACUGGCGAAUUUUACGAUGUGAUUCUCUACUUUGGUGUUAUAGACAUUCUACAAGACUAUGAUAUAAGCAAGAAACUUGAACAUGCAUACAAAUCAAUGCAGUAUGACCCAACUUCGAUCUCAGCUGUUGAUCCAAAGCAAUAUUCUCGACGUUUCAAGGAUUUCAUCUUCAAGAUCUUCGCAGAGGACACUUGAGACCAAGCCAUCUAAUUAACUUGCGCAUGCCCAACGCCCAACAAAGUUGAGGUUUUUCUUUUUGUUAGAAAUUCUUGUUUAUUUUUCUUUAUAGAAAUAUCUGUAAAUCUUAUUAUUUAACCAAAAUCCAUUGUAAUAGGGGAAAAUGAUUAUUUUUGUAACUAAAUUAAGUUCAAUA